AUGAGCAUGAGUGGGCCCAUCCUCAAUGAGGGACCUUCAGUCUUCAGGUGCUGGGUCGGCUUUGCAUGCGAGAUUGCCGUGACGGGACAGGGCCUCUCCUCCCAGAACCGGCUGCUGGUGGCAGAGGGCGCUUGCAACAGCACCAACCGCUCCCUCAUGUCCCUCUCGGGGCUGAGCAGCUUGGCGACGUCGAGCUCCGGCACAGCUUAUGCCCUGGGCACGGCCAUGGAGGCAAGCUUCACGACCUUCGUCGUCUGUUGGCUUGCCACGGAGUCUGCGGCGGGCAUUGACUUUGGCACGCUGUCGGUCUUCGGACCUGUGGAGGGGACUCAGGGGACUCAUGUGACCUGCCGCCUGAAUGAGACCUGCAGCAUUACCCUGGACUCGAUGGUCGGGUCCCUUGGUGACGGCUUCGACCAGCAAAGUUACCUGCAGCUGGAGAAGGGCGGGUCCUGCUCCGGCUCCCCGGCAACCGUGUGGGGAAACCUCACGAACCCGGUGCCCCAGUCUCCGCUGGAGAACGCCACCUCACUGACCUUCGACCUCCUGGUACCCUCGGCCCAGGAGGUGGCCGAGACCGACCUUGUGGUGGGCAACUACUCCCUCUGCUUGUCGCUGAACGGCACUGGUCCCUUCUCCAUGGCCGUAGGAUCCCUGAUUGUGGAGGAUGUGCCGUGCGAAGUGCCCAGCGACAUCCUCGACACUUUGGAGCCUGCCUGCCUGUCUUCGGACAGCGGGCUUCCAGCCGCGGCUUCAGAGGAGUUUUGCCUCGUUGCGUUGGAAGGAGGGCCCCAGGCAACCCUGAGCCGACUGCAGGUCGUGCCUGCAGGUCAGGAAAGCUGCCAGGGCCUUCAGCACGGGAGCCAGUGUGAUCUCAACUGCCCGGCCGGCACACUGGCAAGUGGCUACUUCCUCUGUGAGCAUGGCAUCUUCUACCACCAGGGUUUCAAAGGUCUGCUGGUGCUGUCUUAA